CCUUUCUUCUCUUUUCGGUACUUAUUCUCACACCCCUCAAAGGGACGAGGAGGGGGGAGGGUUAACCCCACCCUAAAGGCUACCCCAGUCCCCACUGGACGCCGGUUAGUUAGCUUCCUUCGCGCCCUUCUUUUCUUUUCUUUCCUUCCUUCCUUCCUUCCUUUCUUUCUUUCCUGAGCUGCAAUCUGGUCUCUCUCUCGCUCGCGCGCGGGGCUCAUUUGAAUGUCAAUGGGGAGGAGGAGAGGCUGGCUUUGGAGGGAGAGAGAGAGAGGGAAAAGGGGGGAAAGAGAGAGAGAGGGGGAGAGAUGCGCCUUAAAUGGAUUGCUCUCCUCUCGUCGGGAAGGCUGACUGGACUGAGACUCGCCUCUUAAGCCUUGGCGCUUCCCGAGAGGCGAGAUGGCCUCCUCGGCCUCUCUGGAGACGGUCCUGCCCUCGGCCUGCUCGGUCCGCAGCGCGGCCUCUUCCUCCUCUUCCUCCUCCUCCUCCUCGUCUUCUUCCUCGUCGUCCAACCCGUCCAAGACGCUGGCCUUCUCCAUCGAGAGGAUCAUGGCCAAGAGCUCGGCGGCGGCGGCGGUGGCAGCGGCGGCAGGAGGAGGAGGAGGAGGAGGAGUGGGAUCCGGAUCCGGGCCCGUGGCUGUCUCUUCGCAGCCGCCUUCUCCUCCCCCCGCGCCCGCCUUCGAGGCCCGUCCAGGCCCCGGCCCUUCUCCUCCGCUCCUGCCGCCCAAGAAGCUGCUGGGCCUGGGCCCUCCUCUGCCCUGCGUGGUGCCCCUCCCGGGCUACGACCCGCCGCCCUCCAAGGCCUUGCUGAACUACUCCGAGUUGUGGAAGAGCAGCCUCCGGAGCUGCGGCUCCUCCGCGCUGGGCGGCGGCGGCGGGGGCUUCUGCAAAGGCCUGUGCUGCAAAGACCCUCACCCCCAUGCCCACCACCACCCCCACCGGCACCACCACCACCACCACCACCUCCCUCCUCCGCUGCCCCCUCCGCGCGUCAUCAAGCCUCAGGUCAUCCACCAGAGCCUCUCCGCGCCGGCCAACGGCUCCAGCCUCUACUACUUCAACUACUUGGAGGCCUCCUCCUACCCGCCCUCGGAGCUGCUCUUCACCUCGGGGCUGCUCCAUCCCCAAAGUGCCGCCGCCGCCGCCGCAGCCGCCGCCGCCGCCGCCGCGCUUUCCGCGCACCAGAAACUCUUCCUGCUGGAAAAUGCCAAACUGGCUGCCUUGGCCCCGCCGCCGCCGCCGCCGCCCCCGCCGCCUCCUCCGCCGCCUUCCUUGCCCGAGAAGUACCCCAACGCCCAUUAUCCCCACAAAGAGCGCCUCCCGGGGCAGCUGGACCAAGUCAUGAAGGAGAACCUGGGCGGAGAGAGGCUCAAGGGACACCCCGGCAAGCUCGGAGGCCUCGGGAGCGCCGUCGGAGGGGGAGCUGGAGCCGCAGCAGGAGGAGGAGGGGGCGCGCCCGACGGGAAGCCCAAAAACUUCACCUGCGAAGUCUGCGGGAAGGUCUUCAACGCGCAUUACAACCUCACCCGGCACAUGCCUGUCCACACGGGAGCGCGGCCCUUCGUCUGCAAAGUCUGCGGGAAGGGAUUCCGCCAAGCCAGCACGCUCUGCCGGCACAAAAUCAUCCACACGCAGGAAAAGCCCCACAAGUGCAACCAGUGCGGGAAAGCGUUCAACCGGAGCUCCACGCUGAACACGCACAUCCGGAUCCACGCGGGCUACAAACCUUUCGUGUGUGAGUUUUGCGGCAAAGGAUUCCACCAGAAAGGGAACUACAAAAACCACAAGCUGACCCACAGUGGGGAGAAGCAGUACAAGUGCACCAUCUGCAACAAGGCCUUCCACCAGAUCUACAACCUGACCUUCCACAUGCACACGCACAACGACAAGAAGCCCUUCACUUGCCUCACCUGUGGAAAGGGCUUCUGCAGGAACUUUGACUUGAAGAAACAUGUGCGGAAGCUCCAUGACCCCUCAUCUGCCCCCCUGUCCUCCACCAAGGAGCUCACCAGGACUGGGCCACCCAGCUAAAAGAAGAUGAAGGGGGAAGCACUACAUCCCAGUGGACAAGGGCCUCCUCUUGCUCUUGAACCAUGUGAUGCUGUUCCCUCCUUCUCUGUGUCUCUGGCUACAUCUACACAAGAUGCACAUGCCCAUAUGCCAAGCCUGGGUGGUACUUACAUGCACUGGAGAGGUUAACUGAAAGCUGGUUCCAGGAUCCGCAGUAUCUGGUUUCACAGUUCCUCCUUGGGCUCAUCUUUACUGACAUUAUAAUGCAGCUUGGAACUGGUUUUGCUGCGUGGGUGAUUGCACUGACAGGUCUGGAACUGGUAUGAGGUCAGGUGGGUGAUGAUGAGUGCUUCUACACUGACACUAUAAUUCAGCUUGGGAUUGGUUCAAAAGGACCUGCUUUUGCUGCACAAGGUGAUUAGAUUGACAUGUCUGGAACUGGUUUGAGGUCAGAUGGGGGAUUACAUUAACCAUGGACCUGGCACCAAACCACUUUGCAAGGUUUUCUCCCACAUUUCUGGGAGAGAUGAGCAUCAGUGCUCCAACUAACAGAGCCAGGUGUCUACAACAUAAUUUGGCCUGGAUCUGGAAUCCACUGCUGCAGUGCAUUAUUUGGCUGGUCAGAAUUUCCUGUGACUACUUUUAAUGUGAUGUAUACCCUUAAAUGUGUGCUGCCAUGCACACUGGCAACAUGUAUUGAGCUGACCUGUGGGUUUGAGUUGUCUCAAACCCACAUUAUAGUGUCAGUGUAUAUUAAGGCCCUUUCCCUUCAUCUGUUUUGCCAAGUGAUGUGGUUUGCACCUAUUUGCACUGAAGCGCAUCUAGCAGCCUGAUUUGGAGUAUCCACACUGUGGUUUUGAGACAACUCAAAACCACAUUAUAGUGUCAGUGUAGAUCAGGCCCUUUUCCCUUCGUAGGUUUUGCCAGGCGAUAUGGUUUGCACCUAUUUGCGCUGAAGCACAUCUAGCAGCCUAAUUUGGAGUAUCCACACUGUGGUUUCGAGUUGUCUCAAAACUACAUUAUAGUGUCAGUGUAGAUGAGGCCCUUUCCCUUCAUUGGUUUUGCCAAGUGAUGUGGCUUGCACCUAUCUGCGCUGAAGCACAUUUAGCAGCCUAAUUCAGAUUAUCUGAGGUGUGUUUAUUCUGAUUUAAGGCCUUGAAGUGCAUUCCUCCAUUUUCAAGCCGCCUUCACUCCACAUUAAGAAGUCAGUGCAGAUCUGCCCUCUUGUCAAUUAGUUCCACUGAAGCUGCUGAAGCGAGGCCACUUUGGAUGUAGGGGGUCCAUAGAGCCAUGCACAUAUAUUACACAGAGAUAUUUAAAUAUAAAUAUAUAUAAAUAUCUGUAUAUAUGGCGAGUAAACUUAUUUAAAACUUUGGAUCUGAACUCCAUGGGAAUCCUUGGGGAUCUUGAUCCAGGCCUCACUAGAGACAGUUGGGCUUCUCCUUCUACAUAUGUAUAUAUGAUUGUAAAUUUAAAUUUUAAUGUACACUGGAAUAACUGAGGGAUAUAUCAUCUAUGAGGCAAUAAAAGGUCACUUAAUAGGA